AUGCCGCCAGAACAGGUCCGCGCUCGGAAGACGCCCAGGUCGUGGGGUGCCCUCACUCCGAGUCUUGCGCCAUGGAUCCUCGAUUACCUUUCGUCAAUGGGCUUUGAGCAGCCCACGCCGGUGCAAAAAUCAUGUUUCGACAUCUUCCGUGGGAACAAGGAUGUGGUUGUCGAGGCAGUCACGGGGAGCGGGAAAACACUCGCUUUCCUGAUACCGGUGGUAGAGAGACUUCUACGAUCCGAAGACCCAGCAAAGAGACACCACGUUCAGGCCAUCAUCAUCUCCCCUACCAGAGAGCUCGCGUCCCAGAUCUACAACGUCCUCGUGUCCUUCCUCAAGUUCCAUGCGCCAUCUGCCCAUCUCCUGCCGCACGCCAAGGGCGACGAGAAGCGCCCUGCGACAACGGAACCCGUGGUUGUGCCGCAGCUCCUAGUCGGAGGCACGACGAAAGCUGCCGAAGACCUGAGCACCUUUCUCCGUCUGUCGCCAAACAUCCUUAUCGGGACUCCCGGCCGGCUCGCAGAACUGCUGUCCACCCCCUACGUCAAAGCACCCUCUUCUUCGUUCGAGGUCCUGGUCAUGGACGAGGCCGACCGCUUGCUCGACCUCGGCUUCUCCCAAGAGCUUACACGGAUAUUGGGCUACCUCCCGAAACAGCGCCGCACCGGCUUGUUCAGCGCCUCGCUGAGUGAAGCGGUGGAGAGACUUAUCACUGUGGGCUUGCUGUACCCACACAAGAUCACCGUGCGGGUGAAGAGCCUGAGAGAUGGCGGCAUUGUUCAGGAGAGGAAGACCCCCAUGUCAUUACAGAUGUCCUACAUCGUAACACCCGCAAGCCAAAAGAUCCCAGCCUUGUGCCAGCUUCUAGAAAGGCUCGAGCCCCGGCCCUCCCGCUCCAUCGUGUUUUUCUCCACGUGCUUCGCCGUCAAGUACUUUGCCCGCGUCUUGCAUGGGAUCCUCCCGCCGGGCUUCUCCAUUGUCUCCCUCCACGGCAAGCUCGAGCCCCAAGUCCGCGAGAAGAACUUCGAGCGCUUCGUCAACGCCGCCUCCCCGACCGUCCUCCUCACCACCGACAUCGCCGCCCGCGGCCUCGACAUCCCCCAAGUCGACCUCGUCGUCCAGCACGACCCGCCCACGGACACCAAGGUCUUCAUCCACCGCUGCGGGCGCGCGGGCCGUGCGGGCCGCCGCGGCCUCGCCGUCGUCAUGCUCCAACCCGGCCGCGAGGAGGGCUACGUGCAACUGCUCGACGUGCGCCAGACCCCCAUCAGCCCGCUCGCCAAGCCGCCCGUCUCGGUCACGGCCGCCGACGCCGACCUUGCUUCGUCCCGGAUCCGCGCCCAGGCCCGCGCCGACCGCGACAUCUACCAGCUCGCGCAGCGCGCCUUUGUCAGCUGGGCCCGCAGCUACAUCGAGCACCAGGCCACCUCCAUCUUCCGCGUCGCCGACCUCGACUGGGCCGACCUCGCCCAGGGCUACGGCCUGCUGGAGCUGCCCAAGAUGCCCGAGGUCCGCGGCUUGGACCGCUCGCUGGGGCUGGCCAUCGACACGGAGAGCAUCCCGUUCCGGGACGGCGCGCGCGAGAAGAAGCGGCUGGCGGAGCUCGAGCAGUGGAAGAAAGAAAAGGCCGCGCGGGAGGCGCAGCGCGCGAGCGGUGGCGGCGGCGACGCGACGGACCCGUUAAAGCGCAAGAAGAACGAGGCGUGGAGCGGCAAGCACGAGCACGAGGACGUCAAGGCCGCGAGGCGGGAGAAGAAACGCCGGAAGAGGGAGGCCCAGCGCCUGGGCGACAUGACGGAACCGGAGCGGGAGGAACAAAGAAAACUGGAUGAGAUGAUUGCCGAGGUGCGGAGGAGGAAUGCUGAGGCCCCAACACCAGCCGCGCAGGCGGCUGGUAGUGGUGGCGGGGGUGGAGAUGAGUUUGAGGGGUUCGAUGAUUAG